AUGUUUGGAGACUGGGGUUAUAAAGUAGGACUCAGACUUGCAUCAGAUCAUGCACCAUUGCUGGGAGGUUUUGCAAGUGUGCCAAAGCCAAAAAAUGCUCCUUUAAGAUUUCAGAAAAUGCGGCCAGAACAUCCUACUUUUAUGAAAGUGGUGGAAAACAGUUGGGCAGAGAAAAUUCAUGGUGAUGCUCCUUAUAUUUUCAUGACAAAGUUAAAAUUUCUCAAGCAUAUUCUUAAAGACUGGAAUUGGAAAGUUUUUGGUGAUGUGAAGUUAAAAAUCCAAGAAGCAGAAGACAAUGUUAAAGCAAAAAUGAUACAUUCUGAUGCUCAUCCUCAUAAUGAACAAGCUUUGGAAGACUUAGUUGCAUCUCAAAAUGAAGAUAAUUCAAGGGAAGUACAAUAUAAUACAAUGCUCAAGAAAAAAUCCAUAAUUAAAUGGGAAGUUGAAGUUAAUGAUUCUAUUCUUGAUUCAAUUCCAAAAUUAAUAACUGAAAAUGAUCAAUUUAUGCUAGAAGUCAUUCCAGAAGCAGAUGAGAUUAAAGUUGCGGUAUUUGAAAUGGAUGGUGAUAGUGCUCCUGGUCCUGAUAGUUUUUCAGGUAUGUUUUAUCAAGCAUGCUGGCAAAUUAUUCAAGAUGAUUUUGUCAAUGUUGUGCAAUCUUGUUGGAGAAGAAAAUAUAUUCCAAAAGGUCUCAAUUCCAAUUUUUUGGUCUUAUUACCUAAAAGUCAAAGUCCUAAACAGCCUAAUCAGUUUAGACCAAUUGGUUUGAGUAACUUUAGUUUUAAAGUUUUCACCAAAAUUUUAUCCAUGAGAAUGGCCAGCCUGAUGAACAAAUUAGUAUCUUCACAACAAGUGGCAUAUAUCAAGGGCAGAAGCAUUCAUGAGCAGGUACUCUUAGCAUCUGAAUUAGUGAAUGAAAUGAAAAAGAAGAGGAGGGGAGGAAAUUUCAGCCUAAAACUUGAUAUCACUCAAGCUUAUGAUUCAGUAAGAUGGGUUUUCUUAUUCAAAGUGUUUCAACAAUAUGGAUUUUCUUUAGCUUGGUGUGACUGGUUAAAAGAACUGUUAUCUUCUACAAAAAUCUCUGUUAUGGUUAAUGGAGGACCAAAUGGCUUUUUCUCAAUGCACAGGGGUUUGAAUCAGGGUGACCCAUUGUCUCCCAUUCUUUUUGUUUUUAUGGAGGAAGUUUUGAGUAAAGGAUUACAAAAUAUGGUGGAGAAGAAUAAAUUACAACCAAUGUUAAUAAGGAAUGGUAUUUCUCAUACUCACCUCUUAUUCGUUGAUGAUGUUUUCAUUUUUUGUAAUGGUUCAAAAAAGAAUUUGCAAAAUCUGUUACUUUUUCUUAAAGAUUAUCAAAGAUUCUCUGGUCAAAUGGAUUUAACUUCAUUUCCAGAUAAAUACUUGGGGGUGAUUAUUCAUUCAGGAAGAAUUAAAACAGCUAUUGUAUACCCCAUGGUUGAAAUGAUGCAAGACUAUUUGGCAGUUUGGAAAGUUAAAUUCAAAGAUAAGAAUAGGAAAUGUAUAUCUCAAUGGAAGCUUUCUUCAGUGUGUCCUGGUUUAAAAUGGGCUUGUCCUAUAAUUGAAUCUAUUGGUUUCACUGAUUAUGUCAAAAACAAUAUUCAAAUGAAAGUGAAGGAUUUGUUACAUAAUGGUAUAUGGAAGAUUCCUAUUGAAUUACAAAGCUAUAUCAAUUCUCCAUUACCUAUUGUAAGUGGUGCUCAAGAUUCAGUUAUCUGGUGUGGUGAUACAAAAGGUAACUUCUCCACAGCAUUAGCAGUAAAUGUCAUCAGAUUCAAACAACCAAAACUCCAUUGGCCUGUUCAAAUUUGGAAGCAUUUUCUUCACUCUGGAAUUUCUAGCAAUAUCUGGAAAAUUCAGCAAGGGGUUUUUGUGGAUGAUCAAAAAAGAGUAACAUCUUUCACUUCUCCAUUCCUUGAUCUUUUGAUAACAUUUUUCAAUUGGCAAAACACCAAAGUUCCAUUGUCAAAGAAAUCUGGAUCACAGCAGCUCUUGCCACAAUAA